UUGGUUUUCUUAACUUGCAGUCACCUCCCCUUUCUUUCCAAAAUGCACACAUCUGCUUUCCAAAAUAGACCGCAACUAUUUCUAUUGCUCUGGAAGAAGCUUAUAUCAGGCAACCCAUUUUGGAGCAGUUGGAUGAAGAGGAAGGAGAGGGAGAUGCUACUCAUCACAUCAGUGUUGGUCUUAUGGAUGCAAUUGUCACAGGUGAAUGGACAACAAAUAAUGCAAAUUCCUCAGUACCAGCAUGUACAAGAAGGAGAGGACUUCACCACGUACUGCAAUUCCUCAACUACUUUAAGCAAUAUACAGUGGUAUAAGCAAAGGCCUGGGGGACAUCCCGUUUUUUUGAUAAUGUUAGUGAAGAGUGGAGAAGUGAAGAAGCAGAAAAGACUGAUAUUUCAGUUUGGAGAAGCAAACAAGAACAGCUCCCUGCACAUCACAGCCACCCAGACUACAGAUGUAGGAACCUACUUCUGCGCA